AACAAGAAAAGAAACGAGGUUCACUUGUCGCUUGUUAAUUAGCCACCCUGAAAAUGUGGCGGCAAAAUUCUUUCCCGGGAAAAUCGGAUUCUGAUCAUAGCAUUUCUGACGAGGAAGAUUUUGACGGAGAUUUGAGAGAAAAUUGUGUUUCUUUGACUGGGAAUACACUGAAAGAGGAAGGAUGGGAACUUCAGUCACGACUGGAUAUCCUUCGAGGUAUGAAUGCGCAAAGUUGUGGAAAUAGAAUUAGCAAUUUAGCGCGUGAGGCAUGUAAGCAAACAAGUUUCAAAAUCGACGAUGAGCUCGAGAUGCCUGAUUUCCCUAAUGAGGGUACUUUCUUUUUCUCCCCUAGAAAAGGAUCUGCACAUAACUCUAUAGAUGAAGUCGAUUGUGAUGACGAGGAUAAAUAUGCAUUGUUGGAAUAUUCAAUUAUGUCUAGCGACACAAAGUCUGAUAAAGGUAAUAAUCUUCGAGGUUUUGGAAGGGAGAAGCAAGCUGAAGCAUGCACAUGGUCCCUGGUGAAUAAAGAGGCUGAGACACUAAUCAAUUUGAAUGAGAACGCACUCUCUUCCCAUUCUGCUUAUUCUAAAGGAAACAAAUCUCAUAAAGGUAUCAGAGGCAAAGCCAAGCCAAAAUUUGCUUUCCAUUUUCAGUCACACAAAGAUGGACUUUAUCAACCUUUUAUUUCUAAAGAUAAAAAUCCUAUCACAUUCAAGGUUGAUGAUGGGCCUGAAAGAUCGGAAACAAUUGAGAAUAAAAAUCUUGAAAAUUUAAGUCCUGUGUUUCAUGAGGAAUUUUUUGGAGAAAAUGCGAACCUGUCAGAGAUUGAGCCUGUGGAAGCUGAAGCUCUUGGCAAUGGCUUUGUUGACCAUUCAAUGGCUGAAAUUUUAGAUGGCCUUCAGGAUAAGAAUAUUCAUCCAAGGGGAAAUUCUAAAUGGUAUAGCAGAACAAAAUCAAGAAGGGGACAGAUAGUCAUGAAGAGAAGUAUGUCUUUAUUGGGAGAUAGAAUCAUUGAUGAUGAAGACCAACCUGAGCUGAUGGCUAGUGGAUCAUCUAGUGAUGACGAGACCAAUCAUCAGAACAUAAACCUUGCUGACCUGGAGAUGAAGAAGCGAACUAUCGCGGAUCGCUUUCAGGAAGCUUUAGCUGCUACCUCUGUGAGUGAUGAUGGGGUCAUUUCCGCAGCAGCUAAACCAUCAGGUGUUGGUUUGUUUGGGAAGUUGCAGCAGGUCAUGCAGACUGAAAAGGAAAGAGAUUCUGAGUUUCUGAAAACGCUACAGAUGGGAGCAAGCCCAAAUAGUGAACCAUGCUCCAUAGUUGCAAAGAUCCUGUCCAGAUGCUUUGAUGCAAAGCUGAUAGUUUGUCAUUGCACUUUUGGUGAGAAUAUAAAGGAUUCCCAGUCACCAGAGAGCUCCAAAACAUUUGUUGAUAGACGAAGGAUUAGGAUGGUUAUUUUUAGUCCAAGAGUUUGCAGCAAUGUUGACCUUGAUUUAGGGAACUUGAUUUGUAUUUACCCUCCCUGGAAGGAGGUUCAAGUAAUCGGGAGUGAUGAAUUUGUUAUUCUAACAACAUAUUUCUCCCACGUUUCAGCGUGAUCUGUUCAGGCUCAGGGAGCAGGAGAUGAGUAUCUGUAUUAUUCUCGUGGUAGAAUAACCUGUUUGGUUGCACUUUUUUGUAUGCAUUCAUGCUCUCCAUCCAACUGACUAGGAGGAGGAAUACAUAUGGUGUUAACCCAAUUUUUUAUCCUCUAUUUUGUUCCUUUAAUUGAUGCAUAAGAUACCUGUGCAAGUUGGCUCUUGAUGUUUAGAAAUCUAUUCAGAUAAAUACCCUUCCCAAAUUUUGUAGAGCGCCCCCCCCCCCCCCCCCCAGCACUGUUAAAUUGUAGGCACGGGGAUCAUAUAUCGCCACCUUCUAUUGUUAGAACUUUGAAUUGGAAUUUGUCACCCUGAGGUAGCAUUAUCCAUGUAAUACGCGUAUUGUGAAAUGGUUUAGUUUCUAUUUUUGCUAUUAAA